CAGACAGAAAACUCCGAGAGGUGACAGCAGAGGGGAGCGACCCGUGAUCUCUUUUUCCUGAACAACCUUUGUCUCCUCUAAUAUUUUCUUUUUUUGCUUUCAGCUUGUAGCUUCACGUGCACCUUACCUUAAAUCUUUGUAUAUUCAAUCUUUUCUGUUUUUCGCAUCUUGCCCUCCACAAUCCACCAAUUUCUUAUUUUAUCUUUUACAUGACAAAUAAUCAAUAUCUCUAAAUUCAAACUAAUUACAAUAUCUUUUCAAUUAUUAAAAUUUAAAAGAUUUUUCAUUUUAGGAUAAACUUAGAAUCAAAAGAAAGAAAGGGGGAUAACAAGGGAAAGAAGCGAAGGGGCAAUUAGGUCAGAGAGAAGGAAUGUCGUUGUCGUCCAAGUCGUGAUCGCCAGCAUUUCUUAGGCUAAUCGCGCCACCCUCCGAUAUUUUUCUCACUCUCUGCCUCCUUUUUCUCUCCAAUGUUAGUUGAAUCGAUCCAGGAGAUUUACCGCUUGAGAAUUGUAGGGAAAACGGAAAAACCAUUCUUAUCAGGGAUGGUGGAUGGAAGCACCAAUUUGCCAGUCAACCUUUCCUGCUUUGAGCUGAUUAAACCAAGCUUGGAUGAGACCAACCAGCAUUGUUCUCUUGAUGUCUUGCCUAUUCUAAUAGAGGAAACUUCAUUUUCAGCAAGAGAAAAAUGCAGCUUAAACACUUCACAUGGCCAGGAUGUCUAUAGCAUUUCUGUCUUGCCUGAGGAAGGAAACAUGAGUCCAAAAUGCACACCACAGUUAACUUUUUUGAGCCUCUUAGAAGUUCCUUUUUCAUCAAAAAACCAGAUGUGUUUGGAUGCGCAAUUGAGUUGCCAGAACUGCGUCGAUUUGAAAGUGGAUAGUGAAGAUGCUUAUUCAUCGUGCAUUCUGGAUAUAAACAUUGAGAAAGAGACUCCCGACCUACUGAAGUCUAAUGAUGAAAUUGUUGGUAAUUCAAAAAGUGAAGGCGUGGUUACACAUUUGCAGAAGGUGUUACAAAGACAAGCAAGCUUAAACGUAGAGAAAUCAUCGAACGAGAGGGUUCAUGAUGCACCAAGCAACAGAUGGAGAAGAUACAAACGAGCUGCAUCAUUUGAUUCGAGGAAAAUUGUCCUCCUUUUCUCAAUCUUGUCAAGUGUGGGGACAUUGAUAUUGAUUUAUCUGACGCUGAGAGUUAGACAAACAAUUGAUGGGUUCAAUCAUGUGUAGCACUUCCUUCAACUUGUUUUCUUUUUCCGUCUUCAGAGCAGGCAGGCUGGCUUUUUAUGUUCCUUUUUUUCUGAGUUUCCAUUGUAAAUACGAGUAGAGAGAUUCAGCAUGUGCCAACAGAUUUUCCGAAUAUAGUUGGAAACUUCUAGUGUCACCUGUUUCAUUACAUGAUAACCUAGUUUGGCUCUCAAUAAAUGAGUAUUCACCAAAUUUGAUUCAA